AUGGAAACACUCGACGCGUUGAAACGUCAACGAACGACACUUAAGGGCCGUAUAACUAGAUUUCAAACGUUUUUAGAACAUUAUACGGUCAAUGACGAAAGUAAAGUAGUAUUAGAUUCAAGGUUAGAAAAACAUGACGAGCUGUGGCAUGAAUUCGAUACAAUACAAACAAAAAUUGACGCGAUCCUCGACGAUCCCGACAGUCAUGAAAGGGAAGUGUUUGAAGAAAACUUUUUCGCAGUACAAGCAGUAGCUCGGUCAAAGGUUGCACAAUAUAUAAGUGACAAGUCAAGUGUUUCCACCGGUGGUCAAAUUAAUAAUAAGAAUCAGAACGAUCCAAGCGAGGAAACAGAUCAGACGCUAGCACGAUUACCUGUGAUAUCUCUGCCGACUUUUAGCGGAAAUUACGAACAAUGGCAACAAUUUUACGAUACAUUUAAGGCUUUAGUCCACAAUAACACAAAACUAGCCGCAGUUCAAAAAUUUCAUUACUUGAGGUCCGCUUUGUCGGAUGCUGCAGCAAAAAACGAUCGAUUCAAUACAAACAACAGACGAAAACUAUUCUCUCGCAUUAGAGUUGUUAAUUCAAAGCAAUUGAAGGAACCUAUCGACAAGUGGGAUACUCUGAUUAUUUAUUUGGUUGCUAGCAAAUUAGAUGCCACGACAAAGGGAAAAUGGGAUUUAAAGGUAAUACAAGACAAGGCGGCAACCAUUGAUCAGUUAUUCCAAUUUCUUACCUCUCGGUGCGAAUAUCUCGAAGCACGCUAUCCAACACACUCAAAAACUUCCACGAAGAUUCCUACUCAGAAGGCGACUCACGUAAGCUCAAAUAAAAAAGGUCAAACCACAACGUUAACUCAUGUAGCCACGAGUGAAGCUGAUGUGUGUGGUUUAUGCAAGCAGGCGCACAAAAUAUACUCAUGUAAAGUUUUCAAAGAGCUGUCAGUUGAAUCACGACGUAAUGAAGCGAAAAGACUCAAUUUAUGUUAUAAUUGCUUAGGUUCUAACCACAUAUUGCAAAAAUGCACAUCGCGCACUUGUAAACAUUGCUCGAAAAAACAUCACACAUUGCUUCACAUAAAUGAGCAAUCUAACAGCGCUAAUCAGAUUUCAGGCAACGGUGAUAAAGCGUCAGUAAACAAUAACGAGGUAAAUACAAUUACUCUUACAAAUAUUACACCAACGGAAACUUCUGUUUCGUUGCAAGCGAGCAACUUUAACAAGGUUAAUUCCGAAGUUUUGUUGUCCACAGCGAUCAUUUACAUUCGUGAUAGCUUAGGUAAAUAUCAUCGAGUUCGCGCUCUACUUGAUAAUGGUUCACAAGCGAGUUUUAUAACAAAAUCGAUGUGUCAACGAUUAGGGCUCAAAACAGAAAGUACAAAACAUUCGUUUUCAUGUUUAAAUGUAGCCGAGGCACUGGUCGCGGAGACGACACAAACGACAAUAGCAUCUAUUACUACAACUUACGAGACUGACGUGCAACUAUUUGUUGUCAACCAAGUUACACGACCCAUUCCUACCAGACAAAUCAAACUCAAUUCUAUAAGCUUACCUAGAAACCUUGAAUUGGCCGAUCCGACUUUCCAUAUACCACAAAAUAUAGAUGUACUACUAGGAGCAACAAUCUUCUGGGAAAUUCUUGAGACCGAAAGAAUCCAGUUGGGAUCCAAGCAACCUACGUUACAGUCAACCAAGCUGGGAUGGCUGCUUUGCGGACGAAUGGGAACGUCAAGCAAAUCACAACUGCAUAAUAAUGUGAUUACAUGUGGACAUGUACGAAACGAGGAGCUUCAAGAACGAAUUGAAAGGUUCUGGCGUAUAGAAGAUAUACCAAAAGCAAAUUUACUUUCGACGCAGGAAUCUCAGUGUGAGGAGAUGUUUCAAAGGGAAUAUCGCCGAACUGAUGAAGGACGAUUUGAAGUGUCAUUACCAUUUAGGGCGGAUCCGAACACUUUAGGUGAAUCCAAGAGUAUGGCAUUCAAACGCUUGUGCAGUAUGGAACGCAAAUUCCGUAAAGAUUCCGAAUUACAAGCUAGAUAUAUUGAAUUCAUGGAUGAGUACGCUAGACUUGGUCACAUGUCUAUAUUGCCUGACGAUGAAGAAAGGCGAGUUAAUUACCUUCCUCAUCACGCAGUAAUAAAGGAAGCUGCGAUCUCGACUAAACUUCGAGUAGUUUUCGACGCAUCCAGUCCUACGACUUCCGGAAAGUCACUCAAUGACUGCCUAUUAGUGGGACCCACGAUCCAACCCGAAUUAUUCGAACUCCUUAUUCGCUUUCGACAACACCCGUACGUUUUGACGGGUGAUAUUAUUAAGAUGUACAGACAAGUAAUGGUUAAGCCAGAACAUCGAUUACACCAAUGUAUAUUAUGGAGAGACAAUCCUAAUAAGUCUGUUGAAACCUUUACUCUAAACACGGUUACGUAUGGAGUCGCCUCAGCUCCAUACUUAGCUAUAAGAUGCUUACAACAAUUGUCGUUGGAUUUCGAGAAAACACAUCCCCACUCGGCUGCAAUUAUAUCUCGUGAUUUCUACGUGGAUGAUUUGAUCACUGGUGAGGAGUCAGUGCAGCUACUUCUCGAAACUAAAAUUCAGAUAAGCGAGAUCCUGAAGACAGCUGGAUUUGAAUUAGCUAAAAUACGUUCAAAUACAUCACUCUGCCACAACGAAUACGCUGACAAUCAGGAGCUCACGGAUACCAAGGUUCUAGGGCUAUUGUGGCACUCAACUGCGGAUACACUACGAUAUGAAGCUACUUGUGAUUCCGUUCCCGCAGUUAUUACUAAACGCUAUAUAUUGUCCAUAAUCACACAGAUAUUUGAUCCAUUAGGAUUGAUCGGACCUGUUAUUAUCAAAGCAAAGAUUUUGCUGCAAUCACUGUGGCAACUCAAAAUAGAAUGGGAUACUCCAAUACCUGAAACCAUCAGAUUCAUUUGGUCGUCCUAUUAUCAACAACUACCACUAAUCAAUCGAAUUGUAAUACCACGACACGCAGUUAUACACAAUCCAGUAGACAUACAACUACACGGCUUUUGCGACGCAUCUCAAUCUGCAUAUGGCGCUUGUAUAUUCAUUCGAUCAGUCGAUGAGGCUGGAGCGAUUAAGGUACAACUACUCACAGCAAAGUCAAGAGUAGCACCAUUAAAGACGGUUAGUGUGCCCAGACUAGAAUUAUGUGGAGCCGUUCUUCUGGCAGAGUUAGUCCAGAAGGUAGCACAAUCUCUUACAUGCGCAAUCACGGAACAUCAUUUCUGGACGGACUCAGAGAUCGUGUUAGCUUGGAUCAAAGGCGAGCUAUCUCAGUGGCAAACUUUCGUCGCCAAUCGCAUAGCCGAGAUUCAACGAUUAACCAACAAACAGUACUGGUCACACGUACGUUCAGAACACAAUCCCGCUGAUCUGAUCUCACGCGGAGUUUUACCAAACCAACUAAUCAACGCCACACUGUGGUGGGAAGGUCCACACUGGCUAAAAAUCACUCCAUCUUUAUGGCCGGUUUCGACGGCUCAAUUACUGACCGAUGUGCCUGAGUCACGUAAUCUGUCCGUCGCGUUAUUCUGCACAGUAAAAUCAAUCGAUUUUGCUAGUCGAUAUUCUUCAUGUACAAGGCUGAAGAGAGUCAUUGCAACAUGCAUCAGAUUUAAAACUAACUGUGCAUUGUCAAUAUCAAAAUCACCAAAACUUAACGGACCACUUACGUCUGAGGAGCUACAGAGAGCAAUGAUUAUUCUCAUAAAAAUUCAUCAACAAGGGGAGUUCUCAGAUGAGCUACGCAAUUUACAACGAAACCAACCAAUAGACUCACACAGCAAGAUCAUCUCACUCAACCCUGUGAUUGAUCAAGAUGGACUACUCCGCGUGGGCGGCCGGUUAAGGAAUGCACCACUUUCCUACGCUCAGAAACACCCGAUCCUUUUGUCUUCCCAUGAUACAUUGACUGACUUGAUCAUACGCGAUCAGCACUUGAAUCAUUUUCACAUGGGUCCGCAAUUGUUAUUAACGACUCUUCGCGAAACAUAUUGGAUCAUUCAUGCAAAAAGCGCCAUUAAACGAGUACUUAGAACGUGCCUCCUAUGUUUUCGCUUGCGACCUCGUAGCAUGACACAGCGUAUGGGUGAUCUGCCGGAGUCGAGGGUUACCCCGUCUCGAGCAUUCUGUCAUGCAGGCGUAGAUUACGCGGGGCCAUUUAACAUUAAAAUUUCUCGAAAUAAGUCCGGCAAGGCUUAUCUUUGUCUUUUUGUUUGUAUGGCCACCAAGGCUAUACACCUUGAAUUAGUAUCAGAUCUUUCGACUGAAGGGUUUUUAAACGCGCUUAAAAGAUUCAUUUCUCGACGAGGAAAAUGCGAUUCUAUUUUAUCUGACAACGGGAGAAAUUUCGUCGGAGCAAGUAACAUAUUGCGGCAAUUAGGUCAAUUUUUGUCACAUUCCGAUCACCAAGCAACUAUCGUCAACUAUGCGUCUGAUCUAGGAAUUUCGUGGAAGUUCAUCCCACCGCACUCUCCUCAUAUGGGGGGAUUGUGGGAAGCAAAUGUAAAGGCCGUAAAAACACAUCUCAAAACUGUAAUUAACGAUACACCUUUGUCAUUCGAGGAAUUCUACACUGUACUGACACAAAUCGAGGCCAUACUCAAUUCGAGGCCAUUGUGCCCUUUGAGCAAUUCUCCCGAUGAGCUGGAGGUACUAACACCCGGACAUUUCUUAAUCGGAACGUCUCUUAUGGCGUUACCAGAAAAAUCUGUACUUGAUAUUCCACAAAACCGUAUCAAUCGUUACCAACUAUUAAUGCAUCUCCAGCAGUCGUUUUGGAAACGUUGGUCAAAGGAAUACGUUACACAAUUACAACAACGUACCAAGUGGAAAACCGUUGUGCGUAAUGACGAAUUACAGAUAGGAAAAUUAGCAAUAAUUCGUGACGAAACUUCACCUCCGUUGAAAUGGCGUAUCGGCAGAAUUUGUGAACUCCACCCCGGCGCCGAUAGUCUGACACGAGUUAUUUUAUGUGAAAUAUUCGCUAAAACGCCAUGGAUGCAGCCUUUGUUUACUGUUGGAUCCAGCAAACCUCUUGGGCAACAUUUAGAUGAGGAAUUAUCGUCUUCAGGUUAA